ACGGGGCUGGUUCCCUGCCCUGGAAGAGCUCAGACGGGCCCUCUGGCCAGCCUGGGACCCUGGGAUGGCCUCCAGCUCAGCCGGCAGCCCCCAUCCAGCCCCUGAUGAGAAUGAGUUUCCCUUUGGGUGUCCCCCCACCGUCUGCCAGGACCCGACAGAGCCCAGAGCUCUCUGCUGCACAGCUUGUCUCUCUGAGAACCUGAGGAAUGGUGAAGAUCAGAUCUGUCCCAAAUGCAGAGGAGACGACCUCCACCCUGUAAGCCCAGGAAGCCUUCUGACUCAGGAGAAGGUUCACCCUGAGAUGGAUGAGACUGGAGUUGGGUGCCCCUUUGCAGGUGUUGGCUGCUCCUUCAAGGGAAGCCCACAGUCCAUGCAGGAGCAUGAGGUCACCUCUCAGGCCUCCCACCUAAACCUGCUGCUGGGGUUCAUGAAACAGUGGAAGGCCCAGCUGGGCUCUGGCCUAGGGUUCGGGCCCAUGGCCCUGGAGCAGAACCUGUCAGACCUGCAGCUGCAGGCAGCUGUGGAGGUGACAGGGGACCUGGAGGUGGACUGCUACCGGGCACCCUGCUCUGAGAGUCAGGAGGAGCUGGCCCUGCAGCACUUCAUGAAGGAGAAACUCCUGGCCGAGCUGGAAGGAAAGCUGCGCGUGUUUGAAAACAUUGUCGCCGUCCUCAACAAGGAGGUAGAGGCCUCCCACAUGGCCCUGGCUGCCUCCAUCCACCAGAGCCAGCUGGACCGCGAGCGCAUCCUGAGCUUGGAACAGAGGGUGGUGGAGUUGCAGCAGACGUUGGCCGAGAAAGACCAGGCCCUAGGCAAGCUGGAACAGAGCCUGCGCCUCAUGGAGGAGGCAUCUUUUGAUGGCACCUUCUUGUGGAAGAUCACCAACGUCACCAGGCGGUGCCACGAGUCAGCCUGUGGCAGGACCGUCAGCCUCUUCUCCCCAGCUUUCUAUACUGCCAAGUACGGCUAUAAGUUGUGCCUGCGGCUGUACCUGAAUGGGGACGGAACGGGAAAGAGGACCCACCUGUCGCUCUUCAUCGUGAUCAUGAGAGGGGAGUACGACGCUCUGCUGCCGUGGCCUUUCCGGAACAAGGUCACCUUCAUGCUGCUCGACCAGAACAACCGUGAGCACGCCAUUGACGCCUUCCGGCCUGAUCUGAGCUCAGCGUCCUUCCAGCGGCCCCAGAGUGAAACCAACGUGGCCAGCGGCUGCCCACUUUUCUUCCCCCUCAGCAAGCUGCAGUCACCCAAGCACGCCUACGUGAAGGACGACACCAUGUUUCUCAAGUGCAUCGUGGAGACCAGUGCUUAGGGUGGGAAGGUCAGCUCCUGAGGGAGCACCAGCUCAGACUGGAGGCUUAGCAAGAUGACUAUGAUGUCCUGCCCCUGGUGCCCAAGACCCCAGGGCACAAGGAUGGGCCAGGGCUGGCAUGACUUGAGCAGGACUGAGAGGUUGACUGUGGCUGGCCCUCAGCUGAGGAUGGCAGGACAUUGGGCUGGGCCCACAAAGGAAAGGGUCCAGAAGGAGGUGGGCAGAACUGCUCCCCUCUGCACCAACCACAUGACACUGGGAGGCCAAGGAGCCACACUAGCCGUGAACUUUGAGGCAGACUUCAACCAAGAUGGGGAGAAAAUGGGACCAGGCCUGGAGCUGCAGGACCUGAGCAGAGAAGCCGUUAGGCGGGGAGGCCUUUGCAGGGACCACAGAGAACUGGAAACAGGCUUUCUCUCUUACCGCCCAGGGGCCGAACCAGGACCAGGGGGUGGAAGGGACGGGGUGCCCAUGUGAGUCAGUCUGUCCAGGCUUGGACUGAGUUCCCUGUCUCUGGAGGUGAACAAGCAAAUCCAGAGGGCUACAAUGGAGCAUCAAAUUGGAGGUUUGGAGAAUUUUGUAGUUCCUUCCAGCCAAGAAAGUUGCUAAUUCUAGGCCUCCUGGCCCAGGUGAGGCCUAGGGCUGCAGGGGGUUUUGGAAACACUCAGGAUCUUCAUGCCUUCUGGGUUCCUCACUCACCUUAAGUACCCCCAGGUGGGCUGAGCUGGCCCACAGGGCACCUGCCACCCCAGCCCUGGAAGCUCAGCUUCCCCAACAUGCAGGAGCACACACAGCCCUUGCGUCCCGUCCUCCACCAGCCAAACAUCCCUUUACUCCAUCCAGGUGAAACCAGAUCACCGUGAGCUCCUGGGAGCAACCGAAGGAGCACAAAGGAAGAGAGGGGCAUAAACUUCCCACUUCCCUGCCUGGAGGCUCCAUCUUUGGUACUUUCCAGAAUCCCAUGUGUCUUCAUUAAGCAAAGUAUUCACCUCUCUCAGUUGACUGAUCAAGGCCUCUGAGCCAGAGAGCAGAGGUUAUUCUUUGUAUAUGUAUAAAACCAAAGAAAGAAUUUUUUAAAUCUCUUAGAUUUUUCACAAAGUGCAUGGCUGUGGGAGCUGGUCAUAGUGAGCCAAGUUUGAAAAGGCCGUUGCUGAGUUCGAGGCGGUGCCGUCAGUUCUGCAGGUGGCAGCAGAGGCCGGCGUGGUGGCAGGAACAUCUGCCUUGGCCUGUCU